GUUAGUACAAUGUCUUGUAUGAAAAUGAUUUAUAUGAAAAUAAUUUUUUAUGAUGAUUUCAUGAAAUUAUGCGCUCCUUGGUUAUCUCCGGAACAAAUCCUUAUACUUGUUACAAACCCAACAUCUAUCUCUUCUCGCUUAUUUAAUAUUUUCAACUAAUAGAUCGAAGAUGGAUUAAGAUUUUUAUAUAUCUGUAGAUAAUCAUAUCACCAUGGUUUAUGGAUAUAGCGACACCUCAUCAUCUGGUUAUUCCAACAAUACCGCCGAUAGUGAACAACAACUACGUGUAAAGGCCCUUCGUAAAGCCAUUCGUGAACAACACAUACUUCUUGCAGCAGCUAAAGAUGAUUCAUUUAUUGGUGGUCAAAGUGUCGAUAUAUUGAAGGAUCGUAUACGAGGGAUUUGUCGUCAACUGGAGGAAGAAAAGUCUAAAACAUUAUUAUCUGGUAGAUAUGGACAUGAUACUCAUCAGUGGUGGUCUCGGUAUCAAAACAAUGCAAGGCAACUAGAAGAUUUAUCACGACAGCGGAAAUCUCUUGUGAAAGAAAUGGAUUAUCUGAUCAAUGUUAGUAUCAAGGAUUUGAAGACAAAGCUGACAGAUGAAAUUAAUAGGUGGGUUCACACUCAAAUUGACUACAACAAAGCUCAUUUACAACAUUCAUCAUCAUCUGCAACUCUCAGCACAACACAUUUGGAUACAUCACUUUCCGAAUCAGAUCGUAUUCGUGCAAAAGCUCAAGCCAUGGUGAAUGCUCGACUCAAUCGCUCGCGCAGUCAUACCCAUCUUCAUGAUGAAGCUCAGCGUGUGGACCGUUAUCAACAGGCAAUUCAUGAUCAUAUGAAUCUUAUCGAUACCCAAAUAUCUAAUUACCAGCGCGACAUGGAUCGAAUUCUUCAAGAUAAUUUAUCAAUAUUGGAACAGAUUGAGGAUGAUUCUGAACACAAUCUUCGACAACGACAAAUGUUUGAAAAAGGGAUGUUUGUAUGUGAUGAAUUGGCUUCUUUUAUCGACACUUUACCGACCUGCCGCAACAAUGAUAUGACAACAACCAGCAACAAAAGCAACAAUUACUCAUACUUUUCAGCAGCUCCUACAGCAAAUCGACGAGCAUCCUAUCGAAGAUCUCUUUUGACACCUUUAUCGCCAUCCUCAUUGGAAAACGAAGCACCACCACCAGUACCUACAACCGAAAGACCUGAUUCACCUCGAUCCAGUGCUGAUAUCAAGGCAGAAGCUCAUCGACGCAUAGAACAACGAAGAAAACUAUUUCUACCAAAGCAACAACAUGAUAUUAUUGACAAUAGUUCAUCGGCAAAGAAAUUAACUUUGGUAUCCACAACAAAAGCUCCGGAAGUUGACCCAGAUGAAAAGGCGGCACAAGAGCGAUUGCGACAGGCUGAAAUGGAGGCACGUCAACAUUUGGAAAUGAUGCGAGAAAAACGAGAUCAAGCACGACAAGAAGCAAGGGCAGCGGAAGAAAAGCGGAAACUGGCAGCGAUCGAGGCAGCGAAGAAGGCAGAAGAAGAAAUGAUGGAAGAAAAGCGACGACGGGAAAAAGAAGAAGAAGAUCGCAAGGAACUGGCACGGAAGGAAGCAGAACAAUUGGCCGAAGAGCAGCGAAAACGAGAUGAAGAAGUAAGACUUGAACGGGAACGUAAGGAAGCUGAAGAACAAGCAAAGGAAAAGAUAGAAGACGAAGCACGACAACGCAAAGCUCGAUUGGCAGCUCAACAAGCAGCGAAGGAAAAACGACGAUUACGUGAAGAACAAGAAUCAAGGGAACGCGAAGAGAAAUUAGCUAGGGAAGCUGAAGAAAAGAAACGUCGAAAUCCAUGGAAGCAUUUGGAAAUUGAAAAACAACAACAGCAAGAGCAACAAGUAAUCAAUGAAUCACAAGUUCAAGAUAAUACGCCUUCGGUGGUUUUACAACAAGCUCCAUCCUCAACGAUACCUACUCCGGAUUCAUUACCAUCGGUCUCUUCUCCUUUACCAAAUCAUAGUGAAGCAACUGCGGGUACAAGUGGCUAUGGCGUGGAUAUGGAUGAUGAAGUGGAUUUCAGUUCAACUUUCCGUGCAAAAGCUCUCUAUGCUUAUCAAGGUGUACGCGAAGAUGACUUGACACUUGUCGAAGAUGAAAUUAUCAAGGCUCAUCCAUCCAAAGAUAAGAAUAGUGAUUGGUGGUAUGGAUCAAGUUUAUCUACAAAUGCUGUUGGCUUCUUCCCACGAACCUAUGUUGAAAUCAUAGAAAAAGCUUUCCACGUACAAACUCUUUAUGAAUUCCAAAAAACUCGUAUGGAUGACCUUGGCUUUGGUGAAAAUGAAAUUUUAGUAGUACAACCCUUUCAAGAUGAAAAUGGUGACUGGUGGUAUGGAACCAAUGAAGAAACUGGGGAAUCAGGUUAUUUUCCAAAGACAUAUGUGGAAGUUGUUGAAACAGAUCUCCCUUCAGCAUCUGUAUCUACUGAACCAAGUCCUAUCCAUCCAUCAAUAUCAACUUCUUCGAUAUCCUGGCAACAAAAAUCAACAAACACAUUAGCUGUUCCUGAAGAACAAGUUUCCCGUGGAUUGUCAGCACCAAGUACGCCUGUCAUGAAGAAAACCACUUUGGAUGUCAACAAACAGGAUGUCAAUCGACGACGACGUGCAGCAAGCAAUGCCAGUCCUAGUAGCAGCAUCAAUGUUGGAACGUCAAAUUUACAAAUACCAUCGGAACAACAACCACAUAUAUUGCGACCGGAAAGUCCUAUUGUUGUAAGCUGGGCAAGUACUAUGGAUGAUAUUGAAUUACAAUCAAUACCUUUGGAAGAACGUAGUCGUCAAGAAGCUAUCUUUGAAUUGAUUACGACUGAACGAUCUUAUCUUCGUGAUCUACAGAUGAUUGUGAAUUUAUUCUACGUGGAUUCUAGCAAAUAUCUUCAACCUGCUGAACAGGAUGUUGUGUUCUCCAAUAUUGAUGAUCUUUUGUUAUGCAACACGGCCUUUUACAGUGAUUUGGAAACGAGACAAAGAGAAUGUGCCAAUGUCGUGGAUUGUGUUGGAGAUGUAUUUUUACAACAUGCUGAAAGUUUGAAAUGUUAUUCCACUUUUUGUCGCAAUCAAUCUUUUGCGAGCAGGCUCUUGCAAAAGAAACGAGAAGAAGACCAAUGGUUUGAAGUGUUUUUGAAAACUGCACAGACGCGACCUGAGUGUCGAUCUUUGGAUUUAUCUCACUUUUUACUCCAACCAGUCCAAAGGAUCACUCGAUAUCCGUUACUUCUUCGUCAGAUUCUCAAGUCUACACCGAAACGACACCCUGAUUAUGGUUUGGUCAAGUCUGCACUGUCUAAAGCAUCCAAAGUAUUGGAUGAUGUCAAUGAAGAAACUCGACGAUUUGAAAACCAUCAAAAGAUGGGUGAACUUGGAAGAAUUUUGGAUAUGGAAGGAUUUGGUAGAUUGGAUAUUCGUGGUCGAGAAUUUGUUAUGGAUGGUGUUCUCUACAAAGCAAAAAGUGGAAGAAAACUUCAAGGAUAUCUGUUCAAUGACAUGUUCUUAUUGGUGGAACCAUUGAAGAGUCUUAGUCCAAAAGGAUACCUCUAUUCAUUAUACCGUGAGCCUAUGAAUAUCGAACGUAUUGUUGUUAGGGAACAACCAAUGACCUCAUCGAAAACAACGUUUGGUGGAAAUAAUCUAGAUGAUACAAGCUUCCAAAUUGCAUAUGGUGAUAACCUGGUGAUCUCAGUACGAGCGGCGACUCAGAGUCAAAAGCGUCAAUGGAUCAAUCAAAUUCAACAUUAUAGUGCUAUACGAACCACCAUGCAUUAGUUUAGUUAUAUCAAAUGUUUUUUUUUUUUUUUUGUUUGUUU